GACCGUGGCGCUGCUGAGAUGGUGCUCCAAACCAUCAGUGCUAGUAAAGGUGAGAUGGGUCCCAUGGUGGCAUCUACUCUGAAACUGGGCAUAGCUAUUCUCAAUGGUGGGAACUCAACCGUACAGCAGAAAAUGUUAGAUUAUUUGAAGGACAAGAAGGACGUGGGCUUCUUUCAGAGUCUGGCUGGUCUCAUGCCGUCAUGCAAUGUUCUGGAUCUAAAUGCAUUUGAGAGGCAAAAUAAAGCAGAGGGACUGGGAAUGGUGACAGAGGAAGGAUCAGAGAGACAAGCGGGCGUCCGGUGGCGACAGGAAGCACCUGCCGUGAAGACAAAGUUCUUUUUAAUUGUGUUAAAGGUGACUUUUAGGUCAGAGUGGAGGCACUUGCAGCAGCGACAGCACAGGAUGUUGACGAUCAGAUAAGGGAGAAUAGAGCGGGUGACAGGAAACAUGUGCAGAGGCGUGAAAGCAGCGUUUUAAGACUAUUAAAAUGCUGUGGACUGAGAUGAGUGAUGUUCAAGAAUAUAUAUGAGUAAAAGUCCUGAACAUGAUAGCUUGACCCGAGUUUGAAUAAAGAGAAAAUUGAUGAACAUAAGUUGGGGAAGUGUAGUAGGGAGAAAGUGUUUUUUAUCCUUUACAGGAGAAGAUUUCCACGAGAGAGGGACUCAGAGGAGGAGUGACCCCACAUAAUGUAUGGAGAGAGGGAGUAUUAGGAGUAUUUUACUGCUAUUGUUCAUAUUACCAUUGUAUUAAUAAUUAAUAGUGAUAUUGCAUUCAGAUGUUCAAACAUAUGGGUAUCAUAGUAGCCUUUUUUACAGGUCCAGUAAGAACCACUUUAAACUGUUGAGUUGAAUUUAUAAUCUUAAACGUUUAUAGGCAGAUUACAUUGCAUUAUAUGAAAGGCUCACCUUUGAAUAUAAUCUGGGCCUAAAACUCCUGAGAGGAAACUGCAGGUUUGCAGAGUGUGCUUUUGCAGGAAGUGAAACCGAAAGCAGAGUCUGAGUGCAAGUUAUUUUGAGCAGGUUAUUUUGUAUUAUCUUUUAUGCAUCUAUAUCUUUUGAUUAAGCUUUUAGUAGAGGUUUUUGAUUGAAACAGUUGUUUAAUACAUUUUACAUAUAAGUCAAGAUUAUUACACACUGGUUGCAUAAGCGAAGAGGUGAAAUAGGGUGCAAUUGUGGUUAGCACCCUAUUUGGUUAGCACACACUCACAUACAGGCAGGGGGUUCAUUUGUGAAAGGUGAAAGUUUAAGCAUGUUUGCUAUGACUGUAUUUCUGUGUGUACGUGACUGUUUGAUGAAGAAGCAGGUGCAGGAUGUGAGAGCUGAGGUGGCUUGCGGGAAACCACCUGGGAGAAGAUGGAAGCCAGUGUCCUUUAAUUGUGUCACAAGUUGUCAAAAAGAACAUUUGUGGUUUUGAAACUGAUGCAUGUGCUGACGUGGAGAGGGCGUCACUAAAAACACCUCGAUGCAUAAAACUAAUGCUGUGUCUUUGUUGAGAUGAGAUCUGAUGCUGUUUGUACACAGUGGAACAUCUCCCACGCUGCGUGUGUUUCAUUAAAAUCAUCGUUUGACUCCACCUGGCAGGAUAAGUGUGUUGUUUUUAAUUUCCUUGUGCUCCCUCCUUAAUAAAAUGAACCUUAACACUAGUUACAGUCAACUAUGACACCUUUUGGAAUUGUAACACCCCAAUUUGCACUGCACAACUGAAAUAUGUGCAUUUCUGCUCUGGUCAACCUAAGAACCGCUGAGCAAUAACAUUCGUGAUAUCCAAAGUCCUUCUCUUCUUCUACUUCUAUAAAAUAUUAU